AUAGAGUUCAUUCACAUUAAGACUGAGUCCAUAACCAGCUCAGACUGUAAGGAUGACAGAAUGAUACUUUCUUCAGCAUAACAGAGAUUUCUAACUUUAUUUGUUUUAUUUUUUUCCCCUUCAAAAAUAAAGAUAGCAGCAACUAAUCUGUGAUCUGAUACAGCUCAUUUGUGGAUUUGCACGGCGGUUCUCAGCAUGGCCGGAGCUCUGAGCAUGGACGAAAGUCAGUACGGAAUAAAAAUGUUUGACAGCAACGAGUUUGUGAUGGACGUCUCCUAUCACCAGUUAAUGCCCACGUUUGAGAUAAAAAAUGAACCCUUUGUUCCAGAAACAGUUAAUGGACCUUACUUGCAGAUAAUUGAGGAGCCUAAACAAAGAGGCUUCCGGUUUCGUUACGAGUGUGAGGGUCCAUCUCAUGGGGGUUUACCAGGUGCUUCCAGUGAGAGGAACAGGAGGACGUAUCCCACUGUUAAGUUGUGUAACUACGUGGGUCAUGCUCGGGUCGAGGUGCAGCUCGUCACACACACCGAUCCCCCUCGUGUCCAUGCACACAGCCUCGUUGGAAAGCAGUGUAAUGAGAACGGAACCUGCAGCAUAGAUGUGGGUCCCAGCGACCUCACGGCACAGUUCAGCAAUUUGGGUAUACUUCAUGUCACUAAAAGAGGAGUGGUAGAAGUUCUGACAAGGAGACUAAAGAAAGAGAAAAAGAGAGCGAAGCAACCUGGUUACCAUUUUAGCGAUGCAGAAGAGCAGGCUAUUGGCCGAGAAGCCAAAGAGCUGGGCAAGAACAUGGACCUAAACAUAGUGAGAUUAAAGUUCACUGCUUACCUUAAGGACAGCCACGGUGGAUUCACCAGAGCGUUGAAACCGGUCGUCUCCAACCCCAUCUACGACAGCAAAUCUCCCAACGCAUCCAAUCUCAAGAUCUCACGCAUGGAUAAAACUUGUGGCUCGGUGAUUGGAGGGGAUGAGAUCUUCCUGCUGUGCGACAAAGUUCAGAAAGAUGAUAUUGAGAUUCGUUUCUACGAGGAGGAGGAGGAGGGGGGCUGGGAAGCGUUCGGAGAUUUCUCUCCGACUGAUGUACACAAACAGUAUGCCAUAGUCUUUAGGACGCCACCCUAUCACAAAGAGAUCUCACGACCCGUCACUGUCUUUCUGCAACUCAAGAGGAAGAAGGGUGGAGACUGCAGCGAGCCCAAACAGUUUACUUACUUCCCACAAUAUCAAGAUAAAGAGGAGGUUAUGCGGAAAAAGAUGAAGAAUCUUCCUCAGCAGUAUGACAACUGGCGGGGGCCGCAGGGUGGAGCAGGGGGUCUGGGCAGAGGAGCUGGGGGCUUCGGCGGUCCUGGAGGUGGUGGUGGAGGAGGAGGAGGAAUAUACGGAGCAGGAUUUCCGUUUAGUCCUUUGGAUUCGAUCACCCAUUAUGGUGGCAGCUGUACUGGAUUUGCAGGAGGCACACUAAUGACAGAAUCUGCUCUACAGCCAGAAAAGGCCCAGGAACGCCAACAGCAACAACAACAGCAUGAGACACCCACCAGCUUAACAGCAAAGCAGCAGCUCUUUCAGAUCGCCUCGGCUCUACAGAAACAGUCCACUGCAGCGGCCACACACAGUGCUAAGGCUCUGCUGAACUACUGCAGCACAGGGGAUGUACGCUACCUCUUGGCCAUGCAGAGACAACUCUGUGGAGUGCAGGACGAGAACGGAGACACGCCCUUACAUUUGGCCAUUAUCCACCAGCAGCCCGCAGUGGCCAACAAGCUUAUUCAGACCAUCAUAAACACUCCACAAUUCAAAUUCAUCAACAAGUUCAACCACCUCAGCCAGACCCCGCUGCAUUUGGCUGUGAUCACUCAGCAGCCUAAGUUGGUGGAGAUCUUGUUAAAAGUAGGUGCCGACCCUGCCUUACUGGACAGGGACGGACGGACGGCGUUACAUCUGGCCGCUCAUUCCGGAGACGAAACCAUUCUCAGAGCGCUUCUUAGCAUGCUAGGAGAGCACCAUUCUCACCUGCUGAACACUGCUGACUUCUCAGGUUUAUACCCACUGCAUCUGGCUGUCAGAAAAGGAGGCGAGCGUUGCCUGCGUGUGCUGGUGGAGGCUGGUGCCAAGAUCAACAUGCCUGAACAGAAGAGCGGUUGCACAGCACUACAUCUGGCUGUUAAAGAGAAUCUUUUCAAAGUUUCCUGCAUUCUCAUCACUGAGCUGAAAGCUGACAUUAACGCAUGUACCUUUGGAGGAAACACUCCACUGCACUUGGCUGCCAGUCUUGGCUCUCCACCCCUUUGCUCCAUGCUCGUAGCAGCAGGUGCAGAUAAACAACUGGAGAAUGAUGAGCCACUCUUCUGUAGCUCCUCGUCUUCUGAUGAGGAAGACCAGGAUGUGAGGAGAGACAGCGUAGAAGGGCUAGAUGAACAGGUCUUAGAAAUGCACAUACAAGAUAUGUCGAUAUCAUCAGAGAGAAGGCGAAUCAACCCACGCAAGAGACCAGCAGUCGGACAUACUCCUUUUGACCUGGCCAACUGUCAGAAGGUUCGAGAUCUGUUGGAUAGUCCCAAGCCGAGUCACAUUUUACCCAAAAAGACAAAAAAGAGCACUGAAGAUGUGAACCAACCUCUGGACACCGAAACCGUCAGUAAGCUGUGUGGAAUCCUCAACAAAUGCGAAGUGUCAUGGAAAGAGCUGGCAGAGAAGCUAGGAAUGCUUACAUUGGCAAAACUGUUCCAAGACAGCCCGUCACCCUGCCAGACGCUUCUAGAAAACUACCAGUUAAGCAAUGGUCCGUUAGAGGGGCUGGUGGAUGCACUGCAGAGUCUCGGGCUGACGGACGGGGCCCAAUUUCUGAGAAACAGGCAGCUCAGUGAGGACAAGCAAAGCACAGAUACAAAGGUGGACAGUGGCUUUGUCAGUCAGGAGGUGGACACUCCAGGUGUGGCAAAUGACUGAGCAGCGCAGUUCCAUGAAACAAACUGAUUUUGUUUGAUGCUUUAUCAUCAACCUGAUGGAAACUUGUCCUCAGCUUGUCACUGUGAGAAACUGACAACCUGGAUUUACACACAGAUCUCUCAGUAUUGAGAGAGACUCAGAAGAGGUAUGACUGGUGCUCAACUCGCCGUCUGUAACAUAUUCGCAGUUUGUGGAAGUUAUAAAAAUGAAGAUACUUAGAUAUUACCCAUCUUCAGUAUCACGGAUGUAAUAUUUGCAGUUACCCUGGUAUCCUAGAUUGCAAUUACGAUCUUCUUUCUUCUUUCUAUGAGUUCGUCUAUAUGUGUGUCAGAUUCACAAGCAUUUUUCUGUUUGCCGAAGCUUUGAUUUUAGUUCAUUACUAAUACUGUGUAUUUAUAUGAGAUAUGUUUUUCAGCUAUAUACCUGUGCAAUAGAGCCAUGCUUGAUUUGUGUUUUUUGAAACAUGGCACAUCUAAGUGUUUGCUUUCAUUCCUUCAUUGAAAUAAAUAUAUUUAAAAAAUCUUUA